AUGUAUCUGAAAUCAAUGCAACUACUACCUGGUACAAAUAUUCAUCAGAGGUGUCAGUCUGGAUUUUAUUGUGUCAAGAAUGCAUUCGUUAAAGAUGAGUCAUUGCAUGUGCAAUAUUCUGAUGAUCUCGCCCGCUUCACUCAAACUUUGUUCGAUAUUAACUUUCAUAGCGGCAAGAACAAAUACUACAAGCCUUUCGCGACAAGAACGACGACUCUCAUAAUACUGCUAGUAGCCAAAUUACUACUCAUCAUAUUGCUCGAAUAUUCCUGUCAUGUGAUUCCACAACACUCCGGGUUUAGAUCUAUUACUGAAGAACUUGUCAAUAUUACUCGGGCUGAAGAAGCCAGUCUUUCCAAUGAGACAAGCCCAUCUACUUCGGUGGGAUUUGCAGCAUCUCCUUCAGCUACAACUUCAACUCCAACGAUUUCAUCUGGAAAGUCUACCACUCAUACAGUUUCUUUGACGGGUGCCGGAUCUCCAGAUUUGAAUUACAAGGCCACAACAACUAUAUCGGUGCUAACUUUGUCUCGUGCUUCGCAUUUUACUCCUGGUACAGCCACUUCCACAAGUUUUAAUGCUUCGUAUCUGACUCCAAUUACAGAUAAAUCUACUCCCAUAGAUUCAAUUGCUCGAGAUAAGACAUAUUUGUCUCCAGGAACAGGCAUCACACGUAUAACUGACUCCAGGCUCUACCAACCCAUCACAAGUGCACCUGGGAUGAUUAUUUCAGGUAAGCCUGAAGGUUUGGGGUUAUAG